CCAAAACCCCAUGGCAAAUCCCAACCGCGACGAAAUGAACCCUCCUCCGCCCCCGCCACCUCUCCCCUCAAACCCUUCCUCUAAGAUCUCACCCUAUGUCCACAAGCUCAGGACCGCCCCUCCUAAUGCCUUCUACCAGACCCCCAAACCGGCACCAGCCGUGGACUUACAAGCCGCACGUAGUGGCUCCUACUUCUUCUACGGCACACUAACCGAUCCCGCGAUGGUCGCCGAGAUCCUCGGGCUAGACGAGCAACCCAAGCUACGGCCUGCCUACAUCAUGGGAUACAAGUGCAAGAUGUGGGGGCAGUAUCCCGCCAUUCUCGAUGAGCCAGGCUCUGCCGUCAAAGGCGCAGUGUACCAUGUGCGCACCACACAGGACGCGGAAAAGCUCGCGGCGUAUGAGACUGGAAGCUACCGCGUCGAGUCUUGUCGUAUUCGAUACACUGAUGGCGAGGAACCGGCGGAUGAACUCGGAUACGUGUUCGAAUUUGUUGGGCAUCCGAGUGAGCUAAACGAGGGAGAGUUUGAUCUGAAGGUUUGGUUGAGACGGAUGGGAAGACGGGCUGUGGCUGAUGGUCUGGAAGUGGCAGUAGCAGGACGUAGUGGGUAGACAUGAUGGUUUUAUGGUCGUGACUUUCGAAAGUCUUGCCCGCUGUUUCUCAGUAAACAACGCAGUGGAAGAACAGAAUCAGAGCGAGCGUCCGAGUAAACUAAGCUGGCCUCCCUCUCGAGCACAACUCGACAAGGAGACCCCGUCACGCAGACGGAACGGCGACGGAACGGCGACGGUCAGUCAUAGUCAUGAUCAUAGCCC